UUCCCAGAAAAUGUGGUAGCAAAGGUGCUUAGAGUUGUAAGUGUGUCCUUAUCUGAACUGGCAGCUGGAGACGUCCUGGGGGAGACGGUACCGAAAGGCGCUGUUUUCGGCUACAUUGCAAAACGGGUUGUGGAGGACGCUCCCUCGAACGUACGUUCUCCACCCCUUCUUGGACCUGGGACAGAAUCUGCAGGAUGGCCGGGUCGGAGUCCCGGGAGUGAGCCCGCGAGAGAGAACGGCUUCCCUACCGUGCCGGCGGGCGAAAGUAGCAAAGAGGUCGCGGAGAAGCAGCGCCUCCAGCGGCCGGGGGCGAGGAAGAGAUGGAUGGUGGCAGGAUGGCAUCAAUGGCAACGUUAUUCACAAAUGACAACACCGCCUCUCUGUCACCCUCCACCAUGUUAGUAACUGCAUUGGACAAUGUGACUUCUGCACCCUUGACAACUGUACAGUUUUUUAAUGACACCAACAUUACUGUCCCACACAAGUGUUUGUUAUUGUUGUAUGAAGAUAUCGGAACAUCCAGGGUCCGUUACUGGGAUCUUUUGCUGCUGGUUCCCAAUGUGCUUUUCUUUGCAUUUCUCCUCUGGAAGCUGCCCUCUGCCAGGGCUAAAAUCCAUGCCACAUCCAGUCCAAUCUUCACUACCUUCUACAUACUAGUGUUUGUGGUGGCUGUGGUUGGGAUCGCUCGGGCUGUUGUCUCCAUGACGGUCAGCGCCUCGACGGCUGCGACAGUUACUGACAAGAUCCUAUGGGAAAUCACAAGAUUCUUCCUUCUGGCCAUUGAGCUGAGCAUGGUGAUCCUUGGCCUGGCAUUUGGUCACUUGGAGAGCAAAUCCAGUGUCAAGCGUGUGUUAGCCAUCACCACGGUGCUGUCGCUGGCCUACUCGGUCACUCAGGGAACACUGGAAAUCCUGUACCCAGAUGCCAGACUCUCAGCAGAAGACUUCAAUAUCUAUGGCCAUGGUGGGCGGCACUUCUGGCUUGCAAGCUCCUGUUUCUUCUUUCUGGUUUAUUCAUUGGUGGUGAUUCUUCCAAAAACUCCUUUGAAGGACCGUAUUUCACUACCAUCAAGGAAGAGUUUCUACAUCUAUGCUGGAAUUCUUGCUGUGUUGAACCUGGUGCAGGGCCUGGGCAGUGCUCUACUCUGUGCGGGCAUCAUAGAAGGAUUAUGCUGUGUCGACGCAACAACCUUCCUCUACUUCAGCUUCUUUGCUCCUCUCAUAUACGUGGCGUUCCUGAAAAGCUUCUUUGGGUCUGAGCCAAAGAUCCUCUUCUCCUAUAAAUGCCAGGUGGAUGAACCCGAGGAUGUUGAUGUGCACCUCCCGCAUGCCUAUGGCGUGGCCAAGAAAGAAGGCCCAGAUUCCACCUUCUACUCCAGCACCCAGAUUGACACCGCGGCCUACCUGGAUGAUAUUGCUUCCAUGCCCUACCACGUGGGCAGCAUCAACAGCAUUGACAGUGACCGCUGGAAAGCCAUCAAUUCCUAAGGCGAACCUGGUUCCCAUUUUUGAAGAAAGCAUCUCUCUUGGAUCCCUCAGCUUUGUCACAAAUUUGCCCUUGGAAUUCUUUAAUGUGUUGUCUUUUUCCUUGAGGAUUUUAAAUAUAUAUAUAUAUUGAAAUCCAGCUUGGAAGAAAAAUCAGCUCCAGUGGCCUUCCCAGAAGCUGGCCCUUGUGCUCAUGCCAGGAAAACCUAGACCAGCUUUGUUUCAAAAUGCAUAACUAUUACACCUUUCAUCUUGAACAUUCCAAAUAUACGUGAUUAGGAGUGACGGCAAACUUUUAUUGAUGGCGAAAAGUGCAUACAGCUGGGAGUGCUUGACUAUUCAACUGAACAUAAAGCUGGACUAUGUUUUUGAUGUUCCACUUGGGUUAAUUUCCUAAAUAGUCCUGUUCCCAACCAGACUAAGCUCCCAGCAGAACACUGUUUGGAAAAGAAGCUAGGGGAGGAUGGGACUGAUCUCUGGCAGUGGCAACUGGGUGGGAUUUUUGACUCUGGAGACCCUUUCUGAAAACUCUGGAUACCCUUUCUGGAAAGAUUUUCUAAAUAUUCCCAUAAUUGGUUGCAGGAGAGGAGUGUGUUCGUGUGCGUGUGCAUAAUAUAUAUAUAUGUUUAUAAUAUAUAUCCUGGAUAUUGCAAGAGGGAGGAAAAGUGGCCAGCAGGGAAAGGUCUCUGUGGAACUUGUUGCUGUGCAACUGAACCACUCUGACUGGUGGAUGGGCAGCCUGGAGUUUCGUACACUGAAUUAGGGCUGAGUUUGCAGCUGAAACUUAGCCAAGAGAGAGUUACCGAAAAGUGAUCUGCUACUUGAUGCUGACAGAGCUCCAGAGCCAGUGGGACUAGGAAGGAAAGCGUUUGCUCAGACUGACAGCUCCAAAAGUGUUCCAGAGUACUGGCUGAGUGGAAGUAUUCUGAUGAGCCAUGUGUUGGAGAGGCUGUGAGUGAAGAUGAUAGGGUUGGCAUUGGAGUGGAAUAUAUAGGGUGGCAGUAACUUCGAUGUGUAGGCUGGCAGCAGGCUGUUCAGUGUGUACCACCAUUUUGCUCUCCAGUCCUAUGUGCUCUUCAGCCAAGGCUAAUCGUGUACUGUGUAGUACAGGUUUUUAGGAUCAGAUGGGACUUCCUGGAACUUGGCUUGAGGUUUUACUUGUGUGAAGCCCACAGUACUAAGUAGCUGGCUGUUUCCUUGGCAGGUAGCCAGUCUUCUGAGGCUUGUCUGUGGGAUCAGUAAAGUGAAAGAGGGCUAUUCUCCAGUAAUAACAAGAGGUGUUCUUGAUUCUAUACAGGGAGAAACUGGGGUUGGGGGAACCCCAUGCCCUGAGUCUGAAGGGUAUCUGUGUACGAAUGCCUGGCUUUCCUCCCCAUGUUCUCUCAUCAUGUAAUUAAGCAAAAGAUGAAGGAAUGGGAAGGGACAUUAACCGUUCUGUGUAAUGGGGGAGCAUAUUUGUUUGAACUGUGGCUGGCCAGGAGGCAAGUGGUAACACAGUUAAUUGUACAAUUGAGAGUUCCAGGUACUGAGGCCGCAAGACUAUCAGAGGAACAUUCACAAGUUUCUUAUUUGCUGUUGCUGCUAAUAUUUGGAGCUGGUUAGUACCAAAUAUCCUAGAUUCUGAUGAUACAUGGCAGAGGUCCAGUGCUUGGGUGAAGGUUCUUUGGAAACGAAUGGAGCGUACUUUCCAGCCGAUACCUUCAGGGACAAGGUGGAAGCUGGGCAGAUCCUGCAGCUGUCCUCUUGCUAAUACGUGCUUCCUCUUAUGCCUGAUGGUUCUGUUGUUUUGUGAUAUCUGCUUGGCACAUCUAAAUGUUUUUCUUUCUUUUUUCUUUUUGCCUUUUAAAAACUUUUUAAAAUUACUCUUUCUCCCCAAACUGAUUUGAUUAUGUCUGCUUUGGAGAAGUUAAUGCAAAUGGACAGGAUUGUGGUGGUGACCCAACACUUGCUGCUGCCCUAGUUUAACCUGUAGUAAAUGGAGACAUUGAACACUGGCUUCAUCCAGGGUUGCUCCUUUUAGAGAUGUCACCUCUAGGGUGAGGUGUCUUUUUAUCCUGUAUGGUUUAGGCUCCAGUUGCGUGUGUUUGUUGAGUACCUGACAGGGCUGGACUGGCCUAGCCACGGUCUGUCUCUCUGACUCACGUACUUACUUACACACACCCUUUUGUAAUGCACUGGAUAGCAGGUAGAGCUUGGCAAUGGGGCAGUCAUGAGAGAUGUGAUGCGACUUGGUUGUUAUCCAGCCAUGUGUACAGGCAUACCUGUCCCUUUGAUAAUGUCUUGUUAUCCUGAAAUGAGCCAGUUCUCUGUCUUUCCAUUGGCCGCAGGGCACUGGAUGGGGGGGAGCAGAGGGUGUAAUAAUGAUACCAUAUAAGGUAUUUUUUCCUGUCCCUGUUCAACUGGAAUUAAAGAUGCUUCCCUUGAGUAAGGUGGUUCCUGGAUCGUGGUAAAAAGCUACUAACCCUUGACAACAAAACACAAUUUCCUUGGAUUUCUUACAGUUUAUUCCAGGAAUGUUCCUACAGUCUUCCCACAAUCUGUAGAAAAUACAAAGUACUCUGAAUUACGAAGAUGGAUUCCUUGAGUGAUGUGAAUUGGAAUGAGACUGGAUUUAGAUCAUGGUGUGCUAACCAUGGUGUGUCAGAUGCUGACCCAUCAUUAAAGGGGUGCUGGAUUCUUCUACUUUCUCUUUUUGCCUCCUCGUAAAUUCCAGUAUUUACUCUGUACAUCUUGCAUUGUCUCUGCUGCUGAGGAGUUUCUGCACUAAGUGAAGGAAUUAUCUCCUUCCAAGCAUUGAGGUUUUUAUGGGUAUAUAAAAAUGCCUCCCAGGGGGUCAGCACACGAUAUGGUUCGUGAGUGUGUGUGUGUGAAUACACUGCCUGUUCUGUGUGCUGUUAGAAGGGGGGCCCCUGAAAAUAGAAUAAUGUAUAUUUUUUGUCUGUAAAAUA